AAGUAAUUCAGUGGUUUUAGUUACACAUUAGUCAGACUAAAAGGUUUAUGCAUGAGAUUUAACGUCAUCACAUGACUACAGCACCAACCACACACACAUACACGAGCGCGCACCUCUCUGCUCCAUAGACUCGAUGUAAACACCGGGCGCGACGCGUGCGCUUUGUCUCUGAGCUCGGACCCCGCCAUGCCAUGGAUGCUUUAUGGCAAUAUCAGUUUAGGAUCAUUUUACUCGGGGACUCGACGGUGGGGAAAUCAUCUCUGCUCAAGAGAUUCACGGACGGCAUAUACAGCGAUGUAGCGGACCCGACGGUCGGGGUGGAUUUUUACGCCCGAUCACUAGACAUUGAACCGGGCGUAAAAAUCAAACUACAGCUAUGGGAUACAGCGGGCCAGGAAAGAUUCAGGUCCAUAACCACUUCGUACUAUCGCAACUCGGUGGGCGGGCUCCUGGUCUUCGACCUGACCAAUAGGAAGACCUUCGAUCAUGUGCGGGAAUGGCACAGAGAAGUCAGCGAGCACAUCCUGCCUCAUCACAUGGUCUACAUCCUAAUCGGCCAUAAAAGCGACCUGAGCCGCGACCGCAAGGUUUCGCGCGACGAGGCGGAGCAGCUGGCGGCCGACCUCGGCGUCCGCUACGUGGAAACUUCGGCCAAGUGCAACAGCAAUGUGGAAAGAGCUUUCGAGCUGCUCACACGGGACGUCUAUGAGCUGAUGAAGAUGGGCGAGAUCUCCACUCGUGACGGAUGGGACGGAGUGAAAAGUGGCCUCACCGCUAAAGUUCUGUAUCCGGCUGAGGAGGUGGCGGAGCGUGAAAAGAGCUGUAACUGCUGACUCCCAAAAUACCCCUGUAAUCUCUCACCUGUGUCUGUGUUGCAUCAUGAACACUGUCUGGUCUCUGCUCACCAUCACGCUUGUUGUCGCUUUCGGAGAAUGAUGGUGUAGUUCUCUGAAUGCAGGGCACUUAAAAAUGGCUCAAUUUGAUGUGAUGAGCACAUACAUAUGAGUGUAGUAUGUCUGGGUCCUGCUUUAUUAGAGACCGACCCUGAAAAAACAAGGGGUGUAAAAUGCUUGCUGCAAUCUUGUGAACAUUGAUGUACGGUUAAACAUUUUUAUAUGUCUGUGCUUCCAGCUCUGUGUCUCAUCCCAUCACUUGAACAUUAUACAGAAACUGGGCUAGUUUCUAUCCUUUUAAUGAUGGUUGUGGCAUUCUUUACCUUUAACAUCCUAAAAUUUCCUGCUGAAGCAAGAAGUUGGGGAGGGACAUACAGAAGGAUUUGUUGUUUGUUGAAACUAUAGCCUUUAGAUUAUAGCAUAUUAGCAGGUUGGGACAUUGUUAUAGUAAAGAGAAUUUUAUUGGACAAUUAAUUAGAAACUAAAUUGUACAUAUAUUCAUCCAAACAAGACAAAUCAUCAAUAUUUUGGUUUAUUUGGGCAGAAUAAAGUGUGUACAUUUUAAA